AUGCCAACAUCACCAGAACCACAACCACGUCGAAGUUUGAAAAAAACACGCCAGACCAAACAAUUCCCAACGAAACAAACAAAGAAGACAAAAAAAGACAGACAGACAGCGGAUCCUCUGGCUCGAGGUCGAAAAAGCAAGCAAAUGAAAGAGAUGGUAGAUUUUAUUAAACGUUUAAAACGUCUGAAUCCAGAUAUGGUCUACACGGAAUUGUCUGAUAAAAAAAAACUACCUGGAUGGACGGCAUGUAACCAGAUGAUUAUGGAAGACCAAUCAGCUCAAAAUUCAAUGUUCUUAUUUCCUAAUUGCUAUUUCCUAAUUGCUAAUGCCCAUUUUCAAUUUAUAAAUUCUUAA